GGCUAUUGAUGCAAGUGGCACACUCCCGCCAAUUCCGAGUGAGGAGCGCGAGGCAGGCGGCGGGGUAAACUAAGGGAGUAUGUGGGAGAUGCGGAAAGAGAAUGCGCUAUGUUUUAAGUGAAGUUAUUUAGAAAUACCUUGCCAUUUAAGCGGUAGUAUAAUAUAUGGUUCGGCAUUCUUGAGUGUCAACGCAGUCUAUAGCAUUGUUUCGUCGGAGAAUAUCACAAGCGAAAACAGUCCCGGGUUAGUGGCUGGGAUGUUGGCGGCGGAAAACCCAUCUAUGGACGGACAUUUGGCAGCAUCGACUCCCCGCAGAAGAGGCAUGGAUUGUAAGUCAAGUAACAAUGUCAACAAGAAACUUAUCCAAGCUCGUCUCCCGUUUAAGCGCCUGAAUCCCGAACCCAAAGAGAACCACCUGCCUAAACGUCCUUGUGUACAAGCAUGCCCUGAACCAAAAGUCUCAGACAGAGAAAAUGAGAAUGAGACCUCCACACUCCCUAUUUGUAGUGGCCCACCCUUGGUUAAUGGUCGCGGGCCCCUUGAUGACUUCCUGAGCCAUAGGCACCCUGCAAAAUCAAACAAGAACAUGGUAAUAGAUCUGACUGCAGACAACUGUUCGUCACCCACAAAGUGCCUUGUUUCACCUGCUCCUGCUGCUCCCUGCCUUCCAACAAAAGACAAACACCAGGGCAAAGAAGCAGCUGCCUCCUCUGGGAAAUCCAGCAGUGUUGAUCACACUCCUGAAAAACAAACUAUAGAAUGCACAGUAGUCAACGAAGAUGAAGUAAAAGAGGUGGAGGAACAGGAUGGGGAUCAGACAGGAUCUGUCUCACAGCUUGACAUAACACAGGAUUCUGACAGUGAGCCAGAAGAGCAGAAUGAGUCGGGAAACGUUUCUAGUUUAGGAAACAGGUCCAUGCAGUCAGCUUCAUCAGUCGACUCCUCACCUGAAAGCUCACCUGAGAAGACUGACGACCUGACACCUACAGAGCCAAAGACUACACCCAAGAUACCAGCAGAUCAGAAAAAGAUCAAAAGACGCUCAUUGAAGAGUUUACAAGAACAAGAGGAGAGGCUUCGGCUGCGACAGGAGAAAGAACGGCAGAAGGAAGAGGCCAAAGCUGCAAAGGAGAAAAAGAAAGAAGCGGCUCGAAAGCUAAAGGAGGAGCGAGAAAGGGAAAAACGAGAGAAAAAAGAGAAAGAUGAGCGAGAGAGACGAGAGAAAAAAGAGAAGGAGGAGAAGGAAAAGGCGGAGAGAUUAAAAGCAAAAGAGGAACAACGAAAAUCAAAGCUAGAGGCAAAGCUUGAAGAAAAACGGAAGAAAGAAGAGGAGAAGCGAUUGAAGGAAGAAGAGAAACGGUUGAAAGAAGAGAAGGAUCGCCUCAAAGCUGAGAAAGCAGAAAUUACACGGUUUCUUCAGAAAUCAAAGAUCCAGCAGGCUCCAAAGACGCUUGCAGCUGCAUGUGGAAAGUUUGCUCCUUUUGAGAUAAAAGAAAACGUGUGUCUGGCACCACUGUGCCGGGUUCAGUGUGAGGAUUCUGUUCUAGAGGAACUUGACCGGUGUCUGGUGAACCAAGCUGAUAAUCAGAAUGGACUGAGGGACUGGAUCAGGCAAAAACCCCGCCAGUCAGGACCCACUAAACCCAAACAGACUGAUUCCCUCAGCAAGUGUAUAAUAGUUGAAGGGCCCACACCAGAUGGUGUGCCUGAUCGUCAACGUUAUGGACCCAUGAAGCUGCUACAGUUUCAUGAAAACUACCGUCCAGCAUACUGGGGCACAUGGAGUAAGAAGAGUUCGCACAUCUCCCCUCGCUGUCCCCUCAGACAAGACAAGGAUUUGUUAGACUAUGAGGUUGACAGUGAUGAAGAAUGGGAGGAAGAGGAACCAGGAGAGUCCCUGUCACACAGUGAAGGGGAAGAUGAAGAUGAAGGAGGUGAAGAUGAUGAGGAUGACGGCUUCUUUGUUCCUCAUGGCUACCUUUCAGAGGAUGAAGGGGCUCUAGAAGAAGAGGAGGGUGGCGACCGGGAGAAGCUGAAACUACGUCAGAAAUUGAAGGCAAGGGAGUGGGAUGAGCUGAUGUCCUCCAAGAAGAAGAUGAAGGUGCUGGAGCCAGUGCUGAAGGGCUGCGUCUGGGAGGGAGAAGGACCUGCUAUACAGCUCUUCCAGCCUUACGCUAUGUGUCUGGUCGAGCCCUUACCCAAGGCAGACAGCAGCCCCAGCCAAGAGGAGCUGUCGCAGAGGUGUCAGAGAGAGGAACAAUUGCUCGGUCAGCUGUUGCCUCUGCUGCAUGGCAACGUCAACAGCAGCAAAGUGAUCAUCACUGAGUUUCAAGAGUUUUGUCGUCAACAGACCUCCUCCUCCUCCUCCUCUUCCUCACCUCCCGAACUGUCGAGCCCUCAGAGCCCAGCAGAAAACAUUCCAACCAGAAUACAGGUGAAGCGCCUCAUUAAGGACAAUGCUGUUUAUGAGAAGCGCUCAACCUACAGACGCUGCUGCUGGUAUGUGCACACAGAGGUCCUGUCCCGCUUCAGCCAGGACGCUCUGCCCAUGCCCUGCCAGUGGACCUACCUCACCACAGGAGCUCGAGAAGAGUCCCGUGAAGAACCCCAAGCAGCCACAGGCUCUCAGGGAAACUCCCCCACUACACCACAGACCUCCUCCACCACGUCUUCAUCCUCCAACAAAAGGAAGAGCACAGGCAGCAUGUCAAUCACCAAGUUCAUGAAGAGAUGUACUGAUCCUGAGAAGACGGAAGGAACGGAGGCGGACGGUUUUCAAGCUGAUACUGAGGAUGACGACGAGGAAGACUGUGUUAUCAUCCCCACACAGAAUGGCCCAGCCAGAGAGAACUCAUCCAGUGAGGGAGACUGUUUGAUGGAAGUCAGCCCCUCUGACACGGCUGCUCUCCCUGUGGCCAGUGCUGCUUCUACACUCGCCACAACCUGAGGACAGGACUGCUCGUCUCCUCUACCUGAGCUGCCCUGUUCCCCUAAUAAAUUCCUCCCUCCUGGUUCUGAACUCUACUGUGUCCAAGACAGAAUAUCUGUCUUCAAGCAAGAUGAUGCCCCACACUCUGGUACAAACAACUGAAAGCAGGAGGCAUCUGCUCAGUGUUAUGAUUUCCCUCCCACCUCAAUGUUUUUUUUUUUUUUUGU